GCCCCAGAACGCCAGCGAAAGGAGCACCUGCCACCCCAGCACGUACAUGCUUCUUUUUGGCAGUCUACUGUCAUCAUUUCCCUGUACGAGCAGACCUUGAAGACUAUGGCGGAUACUGCUGGCUACCCAACCGACACCUCUAAGACAGGCCUCGGCGCCCACGACGGCCUUCACACCAACAAGCGAAAGCGAGACACGCGCGAUCAGGGCAACUCCCGGCCCGCGCCUUCUACGAACCACGGCAAUUCCGACCUGACCGACCAGGCCUUCGCCUCUCUUGCCGCACACAACGCUUCGGCUAACGGAGACGAUAUGCAGCAACAAUUCGACGGCGCAAACAACCAGAGCAUGGGCGAAACGGCCGCUGCUGCCAUCGCGCAUUACCAGAUGACUGUGCCCCAGGCAACUGAGCUGUCUUUCCAACCGCAGUCAUCCACCGGCGACUCGUCAUUCAACAUGGGCGAUCACCAUCAGUCACAGGGAAUGCAGGAUUUCAGCCUCGAAGCUCUCAAAGCCGCGACGUCGUCUUCGAGGACAGGUCAGAGUACUGGCAAUGAAUCGCCACCCGCUACAACAUCCCAUAAACCAACGGUUGGGUCCGAGGAAUGGCAUAAGGUGCGAAGGGACAACCACAAGGAAGUGGAGCGACGCCGCCGCGAAACGAUCAACGAGGGCAUCAACGAGCUUGCGAAGAUCGUCCCCGGCUGCGAAAAGAACAAGGGCUCUAUCCUACAACGCGCUGUCCAAUUCAUCACUCAGCUCAAGGAGAAUGAGCAACAGAACAUCGAGAAAUGGACACUAGAGAAGCUCUUGACCGAACAAGCCAUCACGGAGCUCAGCACCAGCUGCGACAAGUUCAAGGGCGAGUGCCAGCGGGCCUGGGAUGAGUGUGCAAUCUACAAACGCGCUUGUGAGAAUGCCGGAAUCGUUCCCGAUGAGAUCAAGGACCGCGAGAACAACGGCGAGCAGAAUGGGUCAAGCUGAGACCGACAUCCUCCGGUCAUUCUGUUCUUAUCCCCGUGCUGCCUCGCCCGUCCUCUAACGUGAAGCUGGGCAGGUGUGAUCAGUAC